AUGGCAGAGCCUCUGAAGGUCGCAGUGCCCUCGAAGCUGAAGCUCUCGGAGCUAGGGUCAAGAAUCAAGAGACUGAUGAUCCUAGUUGCGGAAUAUGAACAGGCGAUCGCACGACUGGGCGACACGAUCGAAGAUGAGUGUAUGUCAUACAUCAAGGCCAGAUGUCAGUACUACCAGACAAAGCUCAGGGCCGAUGAAAAACGAUACAUGACUACGGCGGGAAGGCCUCACAUAGAACGUGUGCCUGAAGACUCUCACGUACCAGUAGUCUCGAUCCCAGAACUAUCACAAGUCAUGUCCACUGAAGCAGAAGCGUUGGGGGAUGUUACCACUAUUGGUCUCUCACUCGUCCAGCUCACCACCAAUCGCGCUGCCUUAGAGCAAGAGCUUCAAAACAUCAGACAAGCGAAGGAACGAAUGCAAACCGAGCCUAUCAAGUCGAUAGAUGCCGUGGAAGACGACAAUGAGAUACAGGACCUCAACAACAUCAUCGAAGAGUAUGGAAACAAAAUCCAAGAGCAUGAGUCCUGGAUCAUCUCCCUUCGUUCGAAGGCGUUGGCAGCGAUAAAAGCGGCGAACCGUGCCGCUAAGAGUGACAUCGAGAUGCCUGGGAUCGGAAGAUGGUCUCCUAUACCUGCACCCGGAACUAUGACUACCACCCCUUUGUCUGCACCCACUAUAGCCACUACUGCACCUACUGCAGCUGAUACCACGUCCAUCACGGUCACCACUGCUCAGGUUGAGGUCGCAGAUAUACCUUCCGAAGUUACAACCGCCGCGAAGGAUCUCCAAGCCAGUACGACUUCGGAUGUCGUAGCCACUGUCCCCAGAAGCACGACUGCUACCAUCAAAGUGGACAAAACACUCUCGAGUAUCACACUGUGUGCGCCAAAAAAGCAAUACGCCAAUGUUGAGAGCGUGGAGCAAACAGAAUUUGCUAUCGGUGACAUCGGCUGGUUUCCCAUUCUGCGCCCCUCACUAUCUGAGUCUUCAUCCGACAUUCACACCGAGUUCGGCUACAUCUGCGCUAAAUCAUAUCCGCUCAUCGUUGUGGAAAUGCUGGAGGAUUGUAUGCUAGGUCUCAUCAUUUCUACAUCAAAUGGAAAUGGCUUGCGUCUAAAAUGUGCUUCUGUCAAAAGCCGAAGUGCUCUCCUCCUUACCGAGUCAUCACAGAAACCCAGCUUUUCCGGCUGGGGCGAGGAACUACAUCCUAGAACUUGGCUUCGGGUCAAAGGCUCCAGCGAAUAUAGCCCUCCCGCAGGCGCUUACGUUGACAUGCUGAACGUGAUCAUGAUACCCUAUGACACAAGAUUUCAGAAAAAAGGGAGUCUGAUGAGCGAGGACUUCCUUGUUCUACAGCAGAUGAGGCUUUCAGCAGUGCUCUCAACAUCCGGAGCUGGAAAAAGAGGAUUCGCGCCAAGGUUUUGGACGUGGUUUGGAGAAUGGUAUGGAAAAUGGUGGAUGGCAGCACGGGAAUGA